AUUUAAGAAAAGCGCAAGAGCUUGGCCUGGAAAGAAAUCGAGAAAAAAUGUUAAGCGAAUUAGGAGGUAAAUCAAAAGAACAAGAACUUGAUCUGGAAAGAAGUCGAGAAGAAAUGUUAAGCAAAUUAGGAAGUAAAUUAAACGAACAAUAUCUGGAAGACUUGAAUGAAACUUACGAAUUUAGAGAAGCCCCAGCAUUAUCUGUCGAGCCGCGGGGUGUAUGGAAUGUCAAGUCAUCGGCUGGUAAAGAAAAAAUGGGGUACACUUAUCUCAAAAAUGUAAAUUUUGAAG